AUCGGUUUGAGCAUGGCAUGAACAAUACAAAUCAACUACAAUACCAGGGUAUUCUUGCACACUGAAUGAAGGCCCCAAGCUGUCGCACAAAAUCUCCAAGCUAUGCACGUGUAUGCAUCUAGUUCCGUGCUGACAGUGCUGCUGAAUCUCUCUGUUCAUGUGAGCUGACCAGCCUGCUCUGUCUUCUAAAUUGAAAAUACUGCUGCACACUGAACAGCUCAAUAAAGCCCUUUCUGAAACCCAUUAACCGUACUCUUCAGGAUCUCAACUGUCCGUUCUGUUAAACGGUUUCAUUGUAUGUAAACAUCAACAAGAAUACAGAAUGCCAGGUAAGAUCAUUUAUCGCUUCAUACUGUGCAAGUAUUUAGCUAAUCUGCUUCUAGGUUUGUGAAAUGCACUUUAAAUAAAGCUUGAAAAUCUAAUUUAUAGUUCAGAUUACCUCAGGGAUUUUUGGAUGGAAUGACUCAUACUGGGCAGCAGGAAUUCUGAUGAAUAAGGCUGACAAUAUCUGUAUGGAAUGGUGGUAAUAGAUAUUAUUUUCCAGUAUGUGACAGGAAACAUGAAGAUGCAAUUUUAAGCAUUCAUCUACGAAACAAAGACAAAGGUUGUCUUGGGCCCUUGGCAAUCUUCUGUGUUUGUGUGUAUUUUUAUUAAAAAAAAAUGUAUUAUUAUUAUUUAUUUUUUUAUUAUUAUUAUUUAUUUAUUUUUACAUACAUACUUGAAUAGUGAACCAAAAGUAGGUAUCCAAUUGAAUCCAUGAAAUUCAUAACAACAGAUUAUAUGGGUACACAGGUGGUAUAGCUGCCCAUUCGUCUUGGCAAAAUGUCUCCAGGUCAGGCAAAGUCUUUGAUCAUCUUGCAUGAACCGCACGUUUGAGAUCUCCCCAUAGUGUCUCGAUGUCACAUUCGCUGACGGUACUCACUACAGAUCAGUCUGCAUCGGUUAUAGUGCCUGUGGAUGCUGCACCCCAGUCUGCAUCCUCUGUACCUCAAUUCACAGCCAGGAAACUCAGAGUGAUUGCUCCGCCAUUCCAAGUUGGCCGCCGCUGCAGAGGAGACUGGUCUGCAGGUCACAGGUUGGAGGAGGUGUGGCUGAGGGGCGGAGCCAGGACAAUGAUGCAUCCAAGAUGGGUCUGAGUCCCACAGUCUGUCACAUUGACCUGAGGUAACCCCUUCAACAGGUGAGACCUGGUUAUGUGAUUGAGACACUCCUUUAUAAUCAGAGCACAGCUUUCAGUCAGUGCUUGGUUGUUUUUUUGCCUGUCUCAGAACUCCUAGCAUUUGUUUCCCUGUGUUUCCUGUCCUUGCUGGUUUCCUGACUUUGCAUGCUCUCUGGAUUUUUCUGAUUACCGCCCGCCCUAAUCUCUGGCCCGUCUGACUCUGAUUUCUGCCUGACCCUUCUUCAGAUACCUUGGCUUGGAUUUUUUUCUGUUAUUUUAUUAAAGCCCCCUGUGCCAUCACUGAACCAACAGACUGCUGUUCUCAAACUCAUGCUCUCUGUGUAUCAUGCUUGCAAGGGAGAACUGUUACUGCACCUAAGUUCCAGGACUGAACAUGACCACAGUGGUUUGUUACAAUCGAUGAUAUUAAGGUCAGGAGACUAUGAUGGCCACUCUAGAACCUUCACCUUUUUGUGCUGUAACCACUGGAGUGUAAACUUGGUCUCGUGCUUAGGGUCAUACACUGUCAUACUGAAAAGUCCAAGAGCGUCCCAUGUGCAGCCUUCUUGCGGAAGAAUGCAAAUUGUCUGCCAAUAUUUUCUGAUAACAUGCUACAUUCAUCUUGCCAUCACUUUUUACAAGAUUCCCCAUGCCUUAAGAGCACACCCCCUAAAAAACAUCAGUGAGCCACAACAAUGCUUCACAGUGGAGAUGGUAUUCUUUUCAGUAUAGGCCUUGUUGACAACUCUCCAAACAUAGCGCUUAUGGUUGUGACCAUAAAGCUCUAUUUUGGUUUUAUCACUCCAAAUUACAGUGUGCCAGUCAAAAGCUGUGAUGUGUGUCAAAGUGUUGUCGGGCAUAUUGUAACCUGGAUUUUGUGGCAUUGGCGCAGUGAAGGUUUCUUUCUGGCAACUCGAUCAUUUUUGUUCAAGUAUCAUCGUAUUGUGCUCCUUGAAACAAACAGAGCAGCCUGUAUUUCUCCUGAGGUUACCUGUGGGUUCUUUGUAUCCCAAACAAUUCUUUGGGCAGUUGUGGCUGAAAUCUUUCUUGGUCUACCUGACCUUGGCUUGGUAUCAAGAGAUUCCUGAAUUUUUCACUUCUUAAUAAAUGAUUGAACAUCUUUUUAUAUCAUUUUCCAUCCUUAUAAAGUUCCAUUACCUUGCUCUGCAGGUCUUUUUUGACAGUUCUUUUCUGCUCCCCAUGGCUCAGUAUCUAGCCCUCUCAGUGCAUCCAUGUGAGAGCUAACAAACUCAUUGACUAUUUAUACACAGACACUAAUUGCAAUAUAAAAAGCCACGGUUGUGGGAAUUUAACAUUUAAUUGCCAUUUUAACCUCUGUGUGUCACCUUGUGUGUCUGUAACAAGGCCAAACAUCCAAGGGUAAGUAAACUUUUGAUCAGGGCUAUUUGGGUGAUUUCUGUUAUCAUGAUUUAAAAAGGAGCAAAACAACUAUGUGAUAAUAAAUGAUUUCAUAUGAUCACUACCCUUCAAUAAAAUAUUUUCUUUGCAGGAUCAGUCAUAUUCUCAUAAUCAAUGCCAAAAUUUUAAAAUUUCUGCCAGGGUAUGCAAACUUUUUUAGCACAACUGUGUGUGUCUGUGUGUGUGUGUCUCUGUGUGUGUGUGUGUGUGUAUAUAUAUAUAUAUAUAUAUAUAUAUAUAUAUAUAUAUAUAUAUAUAUAUAUAUAUAUAUAUAUAUAUUAGAUAUAGAUAUACACUGCACAUGUGUAUGUUGCCUUUACUUGUUAUAUUUCAAACACUACCAGAUCAGACAGGAUUAUUUACUUAAAGGACCACUAUAGUGCCAGGAAAACAUACUCGUUUUCCUGGCACUAUAGUGCCCUGAGGGUGCCCGGGUGCCCGCCGGGCUGGAUGGCAAGGAAAGGGGUUAGACUUACCUUUUUUCCAGCGCCGGGCGGGGAGCUCUCCGCCUCCGAUCCUCUUCUUCGGCUGAAUGCGCAUGCGCGGCAGGAGCUGCGCGCGCAUUCAGCCAGGCAUAAUGCUUUCUCUGAAACUGCUAUGUUUAUAAAAAAAAAAAAAAGGGGUUAAUCCUAGAGGGACCUGGCACCCAGACCACUUCAUUAAACUGAAGUGGUCUGGGUGCCUAGAGUGGUCCUUUAAGUAAGGAUUCAAAGUGAAAUUCCAAGUUAAGAUCUAAAUAGUUGACAUCUGUCUGGAAAAUAUCCAGCCAUGUAAUAUGUAAAAUAGAGACAUUUUUUGAAAAAGAUUCAAGAAGCAUUGUACAUGGGAGAAUGAUGCCUCAGUCCCCUUCAAAGAAGGCACUUUGGGACCUCACACAUUUCUCCCAGCAUCUCUUGAUUACAAAACUCUGCAAAAUCCUUUGUUGGAAUUGCCAUCAGUUGCUUUGUCGUAUUUACCUAAAUCUUAUUGACGGUCUGAAAUCUCUUUCUUUUCAAAGGUAAUUUUAGAUUUGGGAAAAAAAUGCCAGAAGUCUCAUGGCACCAAAUCUUUCAACAGAUUCUCCACCAUCUUUAAAGCAUUUGUGCCACAUUUUUAUUAGCUCUGCAAUAAUUCAUUGUCCCCAAAAGCGUUCUGGAUCAUCAGAAUAGUUUUUGCGGAAGAAUGUUCAAGCCAGGCCCGGACUGGCCAUCGGGCAUACCGGGCAAAUGCCCGGUGGGCCGCGAUGGCCGUGGGGCCGAGGCCGGCAGGGGAGAUCACAGGAUCUCCCCUGCCAGCCCGUGCAGGGCCAGCGCUACCCGAGCGCCGGCCCCGCUGUGUGCCUCCAUGGGCCGGUGGGGAGAUCAAAGAUCUCCCUUUACCGGACCAGAGACACUUCCAGGCGGCCGCUUGCUGGGGUUUGAGGGAGGGAGGAGAGGACCGGCGGAGCUCUAUCCAGCAGCUCCGCCGGGUCCUCUCGCGGGAUUCUGAGCGUUGCCGUGGUUACCGCGGCAACGCUCAGAUCUCGCGAGAGUGAACUCUAGCCUACAGGCUAGAGUUCACGCUCACCACUAGGACCACCAGGGAUCAGGCAGCAUGGCUCUCCCAUGGCAGAACGGCUCCCCCCCGUCCCAGGCAAAACGGCCCCCCCCCUCCCAGGCUAAAGGUAAGAAGGGAGGGGGGGGAUAUAACUUUUUUUUUAAAAUUAUUAUUAUUAAUUAAAAAAAAAAAAAUUUAAAUUAAAAAAAAUCACACUCACACACAUCACCCCCAGACACACACACAUCACCCCCAGACACACACAUCACCCCCAGACAUACACAGCACCCAGACACACACAGCACCCCCAGACACACAGCACCCCCAGACACACAGCACCCAGACACACACAGCACCCCCAGACACACACAGCACCCCCAGACACACAGCACCCCAGACACACACAGCACCCCCAGACACACACAGCGCACCCAGACACACACAGCGCACUCAGACACACAGCACCCUCACUCACACACAGCACCCUCGCUCACACACACACACACAUAUAUAUAUAUAUAUAUAUAUAUAUAUAUACAUAUAUAUAUAUAUUUACAGAUAUAUAUAUAUAUAUAUAUAUAAUAUAUAAAAUAACCCUCAGUGAGUUAACAGACAAAGAAAAUUAGAAUGUGACGGCAGAUAAAAACACCCUCACACACAGCACCCCUCUUACAUACACACACACUGCGCCCCUCACACAUACAAUACGUCCAAAUAUAUAUAUGUAUGUAUAUAUAUAUAUACACACACACACACACUACAGCACUACAUACAUUACGCUCCAGAUACACGCUAGAUCCCUUACCUUAUAUGCACUCUUAAUCCUCUAUACACACACACACACACACACACACACAAUCUCCUAUACACUCUGGGUCCUUUACACACUAGAUCUCCUACACACACACUGCACCACCUACACACACACUACAUUCCUUGUCAGCAAACACAUACAACAUUCUCUAAACACACCCUCUCUACAACCCCUACACACACUACGUCACAUAUACACACACACUACAGCCCGUAUGCACACACUCGCUACAUCCCCUAUAACACUAUGCCACCUAUACACACACUCUCUACAGCCCCUAGCCACACAUAUUACACCACAAACACAUAUGAAAUUGACCUAUUUACACAAUACCACACCACACUCUACACACACGCAAUCCCACAAGCAGGCUCCAAACACAUGCACCAUACACUUUCCUGGCCUUUUUGUCCUCUGGUAUCCCACUUGUUGAGACACCAGAGACAAUUUAAAAGCAAACACAGCGCAAGCAUGUUAUUAAAUUUGCUUGCGCUGCGCAGAACAAAUUCAGGGCCUUUUUCUAAUGCCAGAGCUCUUCAGCAGGGCUCUGCGCAUUGAACCAACAUUCUCACUUUGAGAGGGGCGUGCUUGUCAUUAGUGAUGACAAAACACACCCUCUCUGGCCCCGCCCCCUUCUUAGGGGGCCGCUCUGAUUGAAAAAUGCCCGGGCCUAAUUUUUUCCCCAGUCCGGCCCUGGUUCAAGCUUACGAUUUGAUGCAGAUUUGUUGCUGUACUCACUCAGUAAUUUUGAAUACGACAGCAACAAAAUACACAUGCUCACGGGUGCAGAGUCAACUGAGGACCGGAGCGGACACUCUUGUCAGAGCUCUAUACCUAGCCCAGCCUUAAAGUUAAAUAAUUGGUGGAAUUUAUGCACUCACCCACCCACAAAUCCUGUUAAUGGGGCAAAAAAACAAAAUGGCAAAGCCAGACAAGGUCCCUACAAACAGGAAUAUUGGAGACUUCCUACGGGACUCACAAAAGCAUACCUGGGACAAAAUGGCCCUGGGGAAAGAGGACUCCUCUUACACCUUGGAAGACUGGAGCAGAAGUUGUCAAUCUCCAAAGAUAACAGCUCUUGACCUCAGAGGGUGGAUGCACUAAAGGACCUGAAGCGCAGGUAUUAGCUGAAGAUUCGGGGUAUCCCGGAAACAGUGGGUCUCCCCAAUCUGCCACAUCAUCUGUUCAGCUUUUAUUUGCAAACUUACUACCACCUAAACAGACGAAGCAAGUGAAACUGCAUGGAAUGUUCAGGCUGCCGAAACCAGAAAACGCAACAACUACCGCAACCGCUCACAGCUGAAGGUGCUCCCAGAACUAAUCAGAAAUUCACUCACCUAGUGCAAAUCUCUACAACCCCUCCUGCAGCACCUCCGUGCUAAAGACAUUCCCUAAUUCCCUACAGAUGGGACGCACCUAAACAGUUGCUGUUCAUUCACUCGGGGACUGUGCAUAGAGCUCGGAACCACCCAGAACUAGAGAAUCACCUAUACAACCUUGGCAUAAUGGAGCCCCAGGUGAUGGACAUAGCGGACCUCUCUCGCUUGGAUCUCUUUGCAGUCAAGUAAUUCACUCCCUGUGCCUCACAGUGCAUAGUACCUGCUGGAGAGCCGACCUGAGGUGGUACAACAUGAAGCAAGAAGUAUCCUGUCUCCCACUAUGGGAACACCCAUUUUCCACCAUUAAGCACAGUUGAAAUUUUUUUUUAUUUUAUUUACUUUUCAUUCUUUUAAUUUACUUUUAAACUCAUUUGCCUAUGUUAUAGAUCUUGACAGGUUUAUAGACUGUAUAUUCUAGUUAACACGCAUAGUAUAUGUGCAGUAGGACAGAGAAGUCUACUGCCUGCAUCAAGUCCAAUGCAUAAUACUAUCUACCUGUAGACCCCUACCCCCUCCAUCUACUUAAUAGAGCAUGCCUUUUUGGUAGUUCAGGUUAUAACGGAAGGCAGUACAUCCCCGAGAGUGCAUAAUAUUUGCUGUGUUAGCUUCCUACUAGGAUUGUUACCAUAUGCCUACUGGAGAAUACUCGUUGAUAUUGUUCUUAAUUGCAUUACUCUUGAAUACAUAAAAAUUUUAUGUGACAUCCCUGAAACAUGUACUUACCUCUGCACUCAAAAAUAAAGAUUUAUUUUUUUAAAGUACACAUGCUCACUCAAUAGCGUCUAGCACCCGCACUGACUAGAACAGUCAAGUUGUCAUCGUUCAUACAUUCACAUUCAAGUCCACUCUCCUUGGCUGCCAGGUUACAUCAAUAUCGUUCUUACUCUUCUCAUUAUAUUAACAGUAGAUGGACUUUUGAUAGACAGACCUCAGGACUGCUCAGGACUUUCCUCAGGACAGCAGGGACUGAAACGUCAAUCAUCUGUAGCACUACAAGCACUUUGUGGAAGUGUUUUUUAUUAAGAUAAAGAAAUAAAUGCUAACUUUUAACAUGGAGACCGUGAAUGCAGACUACCUUUUGGCAUAUUUUUUUUUAUAUACAUCUGACUUAGGUCUGACACCUGGCAAUAAACUGUUGCAAUCUAUUGGAGCAUGAGCGCAAAAGACAUUUAUUGUUUUAUAUAUAUACAGUGGGACCUCGCUUUACAAACGCCUCGGUUAACAUAAUUUUCAGUUUACAAAUGAAAAUCCAUUGAAAAUCCAAAUUAUUAUUUUUAUAAUUUACAAAGUAGAAAGAAUAUGUUAGAGAUCUUGUCAUUUCAUCCUCAUCAAAAAAGUCAUUUUAACAUUAAUUAAUUCAUUAUAAUAUUUAUUUAAAGAAACAUUCAUUAUAGUAAGCUUGCAUAAUUAAAAAGACAUCCAUUAUGAUAAAAUAGCAUAAUUUUGAUAUUUUAAUAACAUCAAACAUUCUAUAAAAUUAUUGGGGAAUACUGGAAGGUUCUUAAUUUCAAAUAAUACUGGGAUAUUUCAAAUUAGGCUAAAAAUGAUAAGUUCCUUAAUAUUUAAAAUUCCAAAAAUACAUAAUUGCUUAAAUAUAAAAAUAAAAUAGUAAGGAUAUCAAGACUACAUAGGCUAAUGAAAAAUGAGAAUGUGCAUACUUUUAAAAAUUUAUUUAUAUUUUAAACCUAAUAUGCAUAAAAGGAAUAUAAUAAAAUAAACCUAAUAUAAAGUAAAAUAGGUAUUUAUAUAGUAAAAUAGGUAUUUGUAUAGUAAUACAUGAACAUGACAAGUAGGGAUUUUUUAAAAUAUCAAAAUUAUGCUAUUUUAUCAUAAUGGAUGUCUUUUUAAUUAUGCAAGCUUACUAUAAUGAAUGUCUCUUUAAAUAAAUAUUAUAAUGAAUUAAUAAUGUUAAAAUGACUUUUUGAUGAGGAUUAACUAACAAGAUCUCUAACAUAUUCUUUCUGCUUUGUAAAUUGUAAAAAUAUCGCUGAGUAAUUAAGGACAGACAGUGGAAAGCACUGUGGAACGCACAGCCCUGAAAAAGCCGAAACCGGAAGUGACAUAUCGGCUUGUAAUAAGGAAGUAAACAGACUCAAAGGAGGCUUGAAACACAGGGUAUCUCCGUUGUUAUGGAGAAUACCCGCGAAAAUUCAAGCACAUACAGCUGAAUAUACAAUCAAGAAGGGGAUUUAAAGCAGGAAAGAGGUCCACAGGAGCAACACAGAUUUUUCCAGCUGAAGAAGCCUUUUGGUGAAACGCGUUCUGGAGGAAAAGUGAGCACAGAGACUUUUUGGGACUUUAUUGGACUUUUAGCCGAAUAAGUGUUAUGUUAUAUAUUUUUUUAUAAGAUUUUUUACUUCUGUUGAAUAAAUUUUAAUAUAGUCAAUAAAUAAUAUUAUUUGAUACACUUAUGGCUUUUUUCCUGCUAAUAUAAAGAAGGAAUGUGGUCCUUAACCACAUAUGCGCAUUGAAGUGAGCCUCUUUGUUUGUGAGUACCUAAUUCACUAUUUUAUAUGUUCUAUUUAUAAUACAGAUGAUACUGGGCUAUAUACCCCCGUCUAUACUCAUAUAGGAUUGGAUUGCAGAAAUACGAAGAAGGGAGAGGGUCGCCUACACGGACCCUAAGGCGCAAUAAUCUGAGCUAGAUUUAAUAGCUCAGAAAAGUGUGAGUUGCCAAUUGGCAUUCUUUUAAAAAAUCCUUUUUCCUUUUAAAAAAUAGUUUGCACUAUGUUGUUUAUCUCUUUUUGUUUUGUUUAAAGGUUAAUACGAAAUUAUUGACAACGCAAAAAGAAAUUAUUAUUAUUUAAAGGUAUACUUGUAUUUAUAUUCUUCCAUAUCUAUUUCAUUUUACAUAUAAGCGCUUCACCGGUACUCCUUUCUAUUUCUUACCACCUUUGUUUAAAUGAAUGGUUCCUGUCCAACUUUUGUAGUUGUGAUUUGCGUAUUUACAUCCUUGAGUUCAUCUAUGCCAUACACUGACAAGGAUGUGAAAUUUAUAUUGCCUGAUACCCUGGACAUGUAGUUAACUUUUAGCCCUGCUGUAAGCCAGGGUAGGAAGCAAAAGGCUUUACUUUUGGUGGGUGCAGACCUCGGUAAAUGCCCUCUCACUUUCAUGUGUUCUCCAAUGAGUCAGAGCCACCAGGAUUCUAAGCAUCCACUCUGACUCACUGAAUGCUGCGAAGACCAUGAAGGAGUGAUUACUGUGGAAUACACCUACCGGAUGUGCAGGUCUCACUCUCUCACACUAAUCCAUCAGGGAUCCUGGACUCCCACUAUACCACUAGGGAUCCAAAGUCCCCAGUGGACCACCAGGCUUUCAGGACCCCCACUGGACCGUCAGGAAUCCAGACAAGGAAAGGGUAAGAUAGGUGCAGGUGCUAGCAUAGAAAAUCAGGAGAAGUAGCUGCUAGAAUGCAAAAUCAGGAAAUCAAAGUAGUCAAAGUAAAUAUGCUAGUUACAGUAUGCUAAAUUAUGUCAUAACGAUUCAGAAAAUUGUCUGAACACCUACACACUUAUUAAACUUUAACAGGUUAGACAUGGGGUGGGCGAUGAGUACUUCAGAAAAAUAUUAAUAUUAUUUAAAAUAAAAAAUCAGUUUAAGAAAAAGAAGAAACAUUUAUUCUUCAUUCCAUUUUGUUACUUUUGAUCUCCCCACCGGCCCAUAAAGGGACAUAGUUACUUUUUGGACUGAGCCUGGCUCAAACAAGUGACUAAUGGAUCACUGAGCCACCUGGGGAGUUCUUUUGAUGCCCACUGGGCAUAUGCACAGUCUGAGCAUGCUCCGAUGGCAACAAUAACCUAAACCAAGCAUUUUCGGUAGCUGUGGAUUAAACCUGCACAAUGCUGAGGAAGAACUUUUGGCCACUCUUCCUUACACUACUACCUCAGCUCAGCCAUAUUCUUAGGAUGUGAACAGCUCUCUCUAUUCUUAGGAUGUGGUGUGAAAAGUUUUCUUGAGGUCAUUACACAGCAUCUCUAAGGGUUUAUGGUCUGGGCUAUGACUGGGCCACUCCAAAAGGUAAAUGUUUUAUUUGUUUCAUUCUGUAGUAGAUUUACUUCAAUAUUUAUCAUUGCCUGCUGCAUCACCUAACUUCUACUGAACUUCAGUUGGUGCACAACCACAAUGAAAUUAUCCUGUUGGAUAUCUUGAUAAACUUGGGAAUUUGUUUUUCCCUUACUGAUGGCAAAAGGUCCAGGCCCUGUAGCAGCAAAGCAGCCUCAAAUCAUGCGACUCUAGGGUUCUUUUUUGCAUCAUUGAGAAUUAUGCAAUGUGCGCCUUCAUCUUGGCUGGACGACCACUUCUAGGGAGAUUAGCCACGUUACUAAAUCAUCUUCAUUUAUAGACAAUUUGCCUAACAGUGGGCAGAUAAAUAAAAAGUUCUUUGAGAAAACGUUUAAAAUAAUUUCUAGUUUUAUGCAACGCAACAAUUCUUGAUCACAGGUAUUGUGAGAGCUCUUUUUCUUGCGAGGCAUGGUUCACAUCAAUAUAUGCUUUUUGUAAAAAUCAAAAAAAAUGUGUGAGUGCUUUUCUAAAAGUCAAAUCAAAGUAGCUCUAAACCACACCUCCAAUCUUGUUUCAUUAAUUGGACAGCAAGUUUGCCAUUUUCGAACUCGAAUUAGCUUUUGUUGAAGUCAUUAGCAUAGUGUUCAACAUACUUUUUGCAACCUAUAUAGUGAUUAUUUGAAUGAUAUAUUCUGUAUGUAUAAUAACAGUACAAUAAUUUGUGUAUUACUUAAAUCAUUGUGUUUGUUGAUUACUGUUAGCUCAGAUGAACAUCAAACCAAAUUUUAAGACAAAUUUAUACAUAAAUGCAAUAAUUUCUAAAAUCAUUUCACAUACUUUUCUUGUCAGUGUAGUUGAUGUGAAGCACAGUUAUGGGUAAGCAAAAAUAACUUAUUACGGUUAUUGAACAAUUUAUUUUCAUUCUAGGCAAAAAUGUUCUAAUAGUGUAUGCGCACCAGGAGCCAAAGUCUAUGAAUGGAUCUCUGAAAAACAUUGCGGUAGAUGUAUUACAGAAGCAAGGAUGCAGCAUCAUCAUAUCAGAUCUCUAUUCCAUGAAUUUCAAUGCAGCAGCAACCCGAAAUGACAUUACAGGUACAAUCCUGAAACUCUCUACUUUAUGAAUGACUGUGAGAGAUGAUUGGAGAAUGGAGACACAUCAAGUGAUGUGUGUGUGUGCCUGUGUGUACCUGCCAGUGCCUAUCUGAGUAUGUGUGUCUGUGCUACAAAAUAGAGCUUUAUGGCCACAACACCUCUUAGGUCAGUAUCUAAGCGAAGAGACGGUAGGAAAAAAAACAAAAAAAGAAAGAUAAAAAACAAUAUUAGUGAUCUAAAAACAUGGAAAGCUAGUAGAGGUGGAUAUAUGGAGAAUAAAAACACAAUGAUCCGAUUGCAGGGACUAUACCUGUGAAUAACAGGAAAAAAAAUUACUUGUGUAACAUGGAAGCAGAGACCAUAACUGAUAUGUUAUUAAGUAAUACCAAAAUAAUACAAAAAACUUAUUAUAUUAGUAUAUAUUAUAUUAUAUAACAUAUAUUAUUAAUAUAUCUCAGUGGAAGCAGGAAAAAUCCCUAUCUAUAUUAAGGCCAUUAGGGUAACGAUUAUCAAGUUUGUAACUCCAGAACAACUCACAUUGUUAAGUCUCCUGUUCAUGUCUCCCCCUCGUGCAGGUGUUUUACAUGUUCAAUGGCCAUGCACCACAAUUGGGCCACUUAGUGCCUAUGUGUGCCUCAAACUGUGUCGCAACUGCUGAGAGCUGAUUACAAUAAGAGUGUAUUGCUCUUGUGCUUUCCUACCCUCACUGAGAGAGCACAACUGGUUUUCCCUUUGUAGGCUAAGCCAUAUGGGCAUUUUAGUAUAUAUUCCACAUCCGUAGUUUCACAGUUUAACCUGUCAUGGAGGGAAUAUUUUUUGCCUGUCCUUGGGUGGAAGAUGUUUGCCGAAUCUCUACAUACCCUUAAUGUUAAAAACACAAUUCCCAGUGGACUGUGAAAUAAAGGGUAUACCUGCCUGCACUAAGGAUUCUGAUUCUCUUGUAAGAUUUAAAACUGUAUUUUUUAUUUUGUGCACUGUUCCUUAAUCUGUAUUUCAGACCUGAAAUACAGGCACGUUUUCUGAGCACAAGAGAUACAGAAAACCCAGAAAAUAGUUUUGUUCUUCAUUUUGCCUCGUCAGUAAGGGUUAGUCGAUAUCCCCAAUGCAUAGUGAGCAAGGAGUCCAUGUCUGGAUUACCAUUUUUACUUAGGUAUACCCUAGUCAUUUCUGUAUACAUUAGCCAAAAAAACAAGAGUUAGAAGAAACUGAGCCAGUCUCAUAUAAGACUAAUCCCACCCACAAGGGCAGUCCAUACCUGAAAUACCAGCAGGUACCAAAGACAUAGUGGAGACAUAACCGAAGGUUUGCAAACAUUGGAGAAGAUGGGAUACACACUAGAUGAUUGGGAUACAGAAGGUGAGUGGGGAUGAAAACACAGAGUAUGUCAUAUAAGUGUAAGAAAUUAUGACCCUCUUACAAGGAUAUUCUUUUAGGGAAUGUGUGACAAAUAAGACAUAAACACAAGUGUAUAAUAAAAUGUAUUGUAAAUAUUCAUUUAAGGAUACUGUUAGAUUUUAAAAGGAUAUACACAAUAUACAUUAUACAUUAUAUCCGGUACAUAAUCAAAAGCUACAUAAUAAAAAGGCAAUACUUAAACAUUUAAAUGCAGGUCUUCCCCUUGCGCCUUCAUCUUGGGUAAUCUGGGACAGCCUCUCUUAGUUCACCAUGGCCCUGCUUGCUGCGUUGUCCUCUCCAAAGAGAGAGAGAAAGAGAGAGAGCCUUCCUUGGUUGUUGUCCUUUUAAAGACUGAUUCUUGGAGUAAUAAACUACAAGUCCCAGAAUCCCUUUUCCCUCCCAAAAGUGGUUUAUCCCACCCUCUUUCUCCAGAGAGUUCUGUCUUUACACAAGUCUUUCCCUUUGAUCUCUUCCCUCCAGCUAUACUGUAAUAUUGGAGGGAAGUAAGCUUUUGUUUUAGCUGGGUGUUGUAAAAUGCAACUGAAAGCUUUGAUCCUUAUCACACUAUUAUCAAGGAAAUGACCCCCACUUGUGAAACCAGUCACAUACACAGAAAGUUAUAUACAAUAUUGCAGUUUGGAAUAUCAAUUUCUUACAGUCCCCACCUAGAGGGCGAAUGACUCAACAAGAAAAUGAGCCCUCUCAAAGAAAUACAGUAUUUGUAUUAUGUGUGUUUUAAAUGAUUAUGUGUUUUACUGAGACACAAAUGACUUGACAACCACAUAUUUAUAAUUUAGGGUACUGCAAUGCAUAAUUUAGCCAAAUCAUUGAGGCACUCAGUUAUCAUUUUUCACCAUUAAUUUGAACUCCUUCAGCCAUAUCCGUAACCUUUCAUUACCCUCAUAGGCUCAGCAUCACUGCCACCAUUAGAUUUCACUCCCAUCAUGCUCAGUUACCUGUGCCACCAGCACUGCUUCCACCACACUGGUCCUUUAACCCUGGCCUUGCUUACUUUGGGCUAAUAGGCCUCUGACCUCUGCCCACCAUGACACCUGGUGUAUUUUCACAUCAACAGCAGUUAAUUUGCUGUUCACUUACAUAGUGUAUUAAAGAGACCACACAAGGGAGAAACACAGUUUAUUGUUUGGAGUGGGGAUCUGAGUGAAGGUGUUUGUGCACGUUUAUUGGGAGUUUAUUAAAAGUUGUAUAGCUGAAGUGGGUUUGUGUUUGAGCCCUUGAGGAUGUUUAAUAAGUUUUCGAUAGGCCCUUGGCUUCUGGAAAUUAAAAGAUUCUUAGCACAGAAAGUGCGCAGUGUUACAUUAUGCAAAUCACUAGUGGUUUAAUUAUCAUCCUUGUCUCAGUAUUACCGUCUGGAUUCACAAGUGGUCAUCUAAAACAUUGUAAACACAAAUGUGAGCAAAAUGCAACCAAUAUUAAUGUGUACUAAGGGAUACAUCCUCAUAACAGUAUAAAAUAAUUUACUAUAACUUUACUAAAACCAUAAAUAUUUAACCCCUUGUGGAAAACCAAACAGAGCAAAUAGAAAAUGCAAAAUCAUAUAUUGUCAGUCACCCCACCUUGACUCAAAACAAUAUAAAAUACAAAAUUGUCUAAUUUGUCUAUAUGCUAUACCCCACCUUGAGAGUAUAAUUAAAACAAAAACAAACAAAAAAUAACCAUUAUCAUUCUAUUGUUCACCCAACCUUGACCCAAGGAAAUGUAAAAUAUAUGCAAUUAUCCGUUUUCCCUAUAUUCCCUUUAGAUUGUGAAAUACAAUAAAAAGCAUUAGAAAACAACAAAAUCAAAGAAGAUGGAGAGAGAAAAAAAAGUAGAUUGAAUGCUACCAUUACCUUCAGUCAUUGAACUGUAUACAAAGUUUGGCAGCGUGCAAUCUAAAAGAAAACUGACAAUGGUCUGUUGCCUUUCAAAGAUUAAAAUCAAAAAUCGGCUUGAGGCUAUUUGUGUUGGUAACCAAAUGAAAAAAAAAACAAAAACAAAAAUAUUUACUGUUGUAAACCAACAGACAGUUACACUAUCACAUCUCUCCAGUGUGAUCAACGUAUAAGCCUCACCUUGGCAACAAUUCAUCUAAUCUAGAAAUAUAUAAAAUUAGUAUUCCAGUAUCAAAAUACAAAAAUAAAACAUAGCUGGAAGUGCAGGUGUGCUAAACUAAUAAAAACAAAAAUAAUUUGGAAUUUGGACCACCUGACUGUAAUGAAUGAGUUUAGAGGCUUAUCCUUAAUAUGAAAUAAAAUAUCAUAAAACUACAUAUUAAGGUCCUCUAUAAACUGGAACUGUAUUUUUCCUGAAAUAAAUAAACAUGUUAAAUGGUUGGUCUUCUCACAGGUCUAUAUUUGUCUUCCUUCUCAAAUGGCAUCAUCUCCGUAGUUUUCUAAAAAAACAAACUUAAAGAGAAAGUUAAUAACACACAACUAGAAUAGGUCAUUCAAGAAAAACUGUAUCUGUUAUCAGAUUCUUUGUAUUAACCAUAUCCUCUAAUGUACUUAAUUGUGCCUUGAGACAAUCCAGUUUUUCAAGGAACUCAUUUCGUUCACAUGUUAGAGAAAGAUUUUCUGCCUUUAGUUGUCUAUUCUGUGCUUUAAGCACAUGGUAGGGAAUCCAAGGUCCUGUGAGGGAGAUACCAUUAUUAUCUUUUCUCUGGGAUCUCCACCUAGGCUGAUUAUCUUUAUUUCCCAGAGUCCAUCUAUCACACAUGGGCCUUUCAUGAUGAAUAUGCACAUCUGAUUUACAAAAUUUUUCAAUAUGUCCCAUCCUACCACACCUAAAACAUGUAAUGGAUUUUAUAUGUGGGGACUUUCUCUGAUUGAUAUAUCCGUGAGGUUGGGGACUUUGUAUCAAUGACACUUGUCUUUUAUUUACUUUUUCUUGAUUUAGUAAAAUUGCUUCAGCCCUUUUUAAGCAAUUCUGUAUAUUUACAAAGGUGUCCUGUGGGGACACAGUUAAACCAAUUAACUCUCGAAUAUCUGGCAGUGUCCUAUUAAGUAAUGCUUUCUUAUAUGCAUAUUCAUUGUGAUCAGCAUGUGCUCCAGGUGGAACAGUCAGUUUGAAUAAAACAAAUAACCUAUUUACAAACCCUUGAACAGACUCCCCUCUCUUCUGAGCACAAUUACCAAAAGCAAAAUGAUGAUUUACUUCCUCUAGACCAAGUGCGUUUAAUAACUCUUUGAUAAGCUGUUGCUUGGUUCUAGGUUCUAUAAAUAUCUCAUGUGGCAGACUUGCUCUUAGUGAAUGGUCUGUACUAGCAAUUAUAACAUCAAAAAUAUCCAAUUCAUUUAAGUUUCUGUGUAUUAUUUCAAAUUGAUCAAUUUUUAACAUUAUAUCUAUUGGAUCAUCAUCCAAGCUUAUACAUCCCAGUUCUUUGCUCAGUGCAAUAACCUCUGUAUGUUUUUUUUUUUUAUCAUUCUUUAUUUAUUGGUUUUGUGUUGGUAUCAGUAAUCAAGGGAAGGGGUACAGAAAAUAAAAAAAGGGGGGGGGGGUACAACAGUUCCAUUCAGACAGGUUUGUACCAACGCAGGGUACGUUUAAAAACAUGGUAGUACAAUGGUGAACAGUGUGCGUUAGACUAUAAUGGCUACCAGUUAUCGAACUUGUGUUGAUGUGUAAUCUAGUACCCUCUCGAAGCGGUGGGGUCACCGAGGAAGGGGUAGAGAGUCCGUGCGGGUCGAGAGUGCGGCUGGCGUUGGGGUGUACCUCUGUAUGUUUUAAGGAAUGGGUCACAGUAGUUUUAUGUAGUACAUUUCCCUGUGCAUCCACCAUGUGCUCUGUAGAGACUGGUGACAUUUUAGCAGGAAUACUGCACUCACAAUUACUAUAAUUAUUAUGAAACACCUCCAUUUUUUUGUACACAAACCUCCACAAUUGGUUUUCAGCCCAUAUUUAGUAGCAGCAAAACCAUUUCUUUUUGUUAGUUUACAUUUUAAAUCAUCAAUUUCUUUAAGGCACACAGAAUGAUCAGCCUCUUUCUGGCUGCUGGAAGCAAGGAUUCUAAUAGCACCCUCUGCAUCCUUCAGCCUUUCUACAAGCUGCUCAUUACAACUGUGCAAUUCCUAAUUUUCAAGACGCAUUUGCUGACUACCUACACACAAAGCAGCAGCAUUUUGCGCAGACAGUUUAAAACCUUCCACUUCAUUCUUUAAACUCAAAAUGUCUGCCUCUAAUUUCUCUUUUUGCCUAUUUAAAGAUUUAUACUUCUCCGCAAUCCAACGGGCAGCAUAAAUCAAAGCAAUUUUACCACUCGCUUUGGACAAUUUCUUUUCAAUAAUUGCCCUGGCCACAUAAUCCUGAGCAUUAAGCCACGGAUCUAAUGCACCAUCCAUACAUUUAAUUAUUGCUUCUGGAUUAGACACCUUAGCAAUCUUUUUCAAUAAACUCUCCAUCAUUGAAAGCGCACAAUUCACUGAAAUGUCUAUACACAAUAUCUGAACAGUAUCCAAAAGUAAAUAUACAAUCUAUACAAUUAUGAAUAUGCUCAUAAAUCACACUAAAUCCCUCCUACCUGGCUCGCCAAUUUGUAAGAAAUUAUGACCCUCUUACAAGGAUAUUCUUUUAGGGAAUGUGUGACAAAUAAGACAUAAACACAAGUGUAUAAUAAAAUGUAUUGUAAAUAUUCAUUUAAGGAUACUGUUAGAUUUUAAAAGGAUAUACACAAUAUACAUUAUACAUUAUAUCCGGUACAUAAUCAAAAGCUACAUAAUAAAAAGGCAAUACUUAAACAUUUAAAUGCAGGUCUUCCCCUUGCGCCUUCAUCUUGGGUAAUCUGGGACAGCCUCUCUUAGUUCACCAUAGCCCUGCUUGCCGCGUUGUCCUCUCCAAAGAGAGAGAGAAAGAGAGAGAGCCUUCCUUGGUUGUUGUCCUUUUAAAGACUGAUUCUUGGAGUAAUAAACUACAAGUCCCAGAAUCCCUUUUCCCUCCCAAAAGUGGUUUAUCCCACCCUCUUUCUCCAGAGAGUUCUGUCUUUACACAAGUCUUUCCCUUUGAUCUCUUCCCUCCAGCUAUACUGUAAUAUUGGAGGGAUGUAAGCUUUUGUUUUAGCUGGGUGUUGUAAAAUGCAACUGAAAGCUUUGAUCCUUAUCACACUAUUAUCAAGGAAAUGACCCCCACUUGUGAAACCAGUCACAUACACAGAAAGUUAUAUACAAUAUUGCAGUUUGGAAUAUCAAUUUCUUACAUAAGGAAACAUGGACAAAGCCCAUUUCUAAUUCAGAACAAAGAAAAAUGCUGAACUGGAUCUCACGGAACAUGAACCUUUAUUGUCUGGCUCUUUACUUGUCUGUGUCACUGAGGCCUUGCUACUCUAUCAUUAACUUUGGUUGAUUUUUUUCCAUUUAUUGUGUUGAAAUUGUGAAUUAAAAGAGCUGCAUGUUCAAUAGUAGAACAGUCCAGAUUUCAAGGAUCCUGUAUCUCUUUAGUUCCCUGGUGUCCCUGAUUGGAACUGUCUCCAGGCAGCACAGCACUCACUGUGCAGAAGGCAUAAGCCACAUAUAGAGAGCACUUUAAAAGUGUGGUCCUCUAUGUAGGUUGCUGGCCCGGAGUACAUGUUAUCCUAAUUCUGCUUUAUCUUUGUAGGAGAACUAUGCAAUCCACAGCACUUCCGCUAUGGAGCAGAGACAAUGGAAGCAUUCAAGAAAGGUGUUUUGUGUGAAGAUAUACUCAAAGAACAGGAAAAAGUUAAAGUAGCCGACUUAAUUAUAUUUCAGGUAAUCAGCUUAAAAUUGUUAAUUGCAACAAAACAAGGAAAUAUGAGAACUCUGAGAACUGCCCAUCGAUAAAUCAUCACUCACUUGUGCCAUUACAGAGAGAACCAGUUCCAACGCAUAUUAGAUUAAUCCCAUUAAAAAUGUUAAUUGCAUGAACCACAGCCAGUUGAAUACAAAACUGUACCUCUGCAUUUCAAUUUACCUGCUUUAUGACUAGUCAUAUUUACGACCAGCUCUCUAACGUGUGGAUUCGAGGAAUCAUUAGAAAGCUGGUUUAUCUUUGGGGAAUUUUUCCCAAACAUAGAUUUCAGGGAUUCCCUGCGCUAGUGAGCUAAUCUAUGUUUGGAGAAUUUUCCCCCGAACAUAGAUUCAUGGGAUCUUCCCCAAACAUAGACCUGUUCUCUAGUGCAUGCACUUUAGCACAUCCUCGCUUACUGACCAAUUAGUUUUACGACUGAGUCGUAAGAACGGAACCAAGUCGGUUUUUGGAAUGUCUGUGUGGGUCAACUGGAAAUUUUUAUAUAUAUAUAAAUAUAUAUAUAUCUUCCAACAAUGGACAAGAAUAAAUAUAUUCUAUAUAUAUUUUCCAACAAUGGACAAGAAUAAAGGGGAGCCUAACAUUACCUUUAACCACUGGUGCUGUCUCCAUACUGAGUUUUUAUUAUCUGCAGUUUUUGACUGGAUUUGGUUGAUUUAACUUCUAGACUUUCUAGGAGGGUGUAUAAGAGAUGUUGUGUGGGAGGAGUUCCUAAAAGAAAUGUCAUGAGCUGUUCAACACCUUAAAAGAAAGAAAUAUCUCAGGCACUUGCUGUUAUAAAUUUAAGCAGAUUUAAUGGACAGCGCAACGUUUCGACAUGUACCCAGUUCUUUAUCAAGCUUGACUGAGUCCCUGAGAUCCAUACUCAGUCAGCACCCUGUAAUUUUUAUGAUUGAGUGCAACCCUCUUUUCUCUUGUGAUACCUGUUCAACACCUGAAAUCUGUCUAAAUUGUAAGUUAUUUCAAGGAGGGUCCUCAGCAACCUAUUGCUUCUGUUAUAAUUUGUGAUUGUCUCAUUUAUUGUUAACUGUCCCCCUUUAUAACAUCGCAAAGUGCUGCUGAAUAUGUUGACACUAUAUAAAAAAAAAUAAUAAUAAAUAUAUGUAUUUUGGAAACAACAUCAACACCCUAGAGGUCUGAGUCCAUCCUUUAAAGGAACACUAUGUAUUCCUGACCCUAUAGUGUUUAAUCCACCAUUUAGGUGGUAUGCCCUCCUUAGCCCCCUUAAAAAUGUUAAAACUCCCCUUAUUUCCAGCGCUGCAUGAGUCCGCUGAUGCUGGCCCUGCAUGAGUCCGCUGACGCUGAUCCGCCUAAUUGAUGACAUCAUCAGAAGUUCAGAUUUGUGGAAAGCAUUGGAUUGGCUGAAAUCGGCAAGGAGGCAGGGUUGGGGUGGGGUCAAACAGCACCUCCUCAUAGAGAUGCAGAGCGUGGAGAAGCUGAAAGGCAGUGCUCCCUACAGUGCAGCAGAGAGUGGCCACUUGGAGGUGUCCCUAGGGGGCCACUUGGAGGUGUCCCUAGGGGGCAAUGUAAACACUGCCUUUUCUCUGAAAAGGCAGUGUAUGCAUGCAAAUGCCUGAAGGCAUGAUUAUACUCACCAGAACAGUUCCAUUAAGCUGUAGCUUGUAAGCUGUAGCUGUAGUUGUUAUGGUGACUAGAGUGUCCCUUUAAAUCUUUUACUCAAUGACAGCCCUAUAAGACAGGGUAAAACACAGGCCUGUCUUUUAGAUUGCCCAGAAUCUUAUGGCCCAAUGCCAAACCAAUGGAAAGUGUUAAAAAAAAAUCUAGUUAGAGCAGACUAAGCAUGUCUGAGGGGUAUAUACCUAGAAAAUAAUGAUUUUUUUUCUAAAAAAAUAAAAAAUUUCCCAAAACCUUGACAUCAUUAGUUGCUCUGCAGUAUCUCCAGCCAUGACGAAUCAAUCAACACUCAAAAGACACAGAUGUGUCAUUAGUCUUUACUAAGAACAUUGGAUUAUUUUUUUCAACAAAAAUUGGGAGGUUGCUGCGCCUCCUGCCCCUUUGGAACCUCCUCCACUGCUUUUAACAGAGUUCAGUAGGAAAUUAAAGGCACAUACUUUUAAAUGAGCAAAUAACACAUUGCAAGCAAAUAUAGACUUGAAAAAGCUAAAUUGUUUCUUAUCACCAUUAGUGAAACUGCUGCAUAAACUGUAUGGUGCCCCCCAUUAUUACACAGAUCAGUCAGCCUAAUGCUACAUCACAGUAAUUUCUGUUAAAGGGAUACUAUAGUGCCAGGUAUACAAAACUGUUUUCCUGGCACUAUCACUCCCCCUGUUUUCCCACUCCCUCGCGCCCCUUCCCUCCCUGGUGAAUAAAGGGCUAAAAACCCUUUAUUUACUUACCUGAUCCCAGCACCAAUAUCCCUUGACGGUAGGUCAACGCACCCCCUCGGAUAUCCCACAAUGAGUGGGCGCUAUUGCACAUGCACAGCAAAUGCCGCACGCAUUAUACCUUCCUGUAGGAAAGCAUUGAAUCAAUGCUUUCCUGUGGGAAAAAUCUUACGCUGGAUGCCCUCAUGUAGAGCUUCAGAUACUGGAGCAAAGGUCCGUUUUGAUACAAGAAGCACCCCCCCAGUGGCUGUCUGGCAAAAGGGACACAGCACACAGACCACUUCAAUGAGCUGAAGUGGUCUGGGUGCCUAUAGUGUCCCCUUAAAACACACAUGAUACUAUAUUAUAUAAAAUGUAAUAAUCACUUCUGUGAGCCUUCCCUAAUUUUCUUAUCUUUACUUUUUCCACCAGUGGCACUGUACUGUUUUAAUGUUGGCAGUCUUUGGUUUUGGCUGCAGAUUGGCAGUCCUAGGUGAUUUGGCUGUAAUGUUGUCACUGUUCAAAAAUGUUCAGCUUAACAUAUCAUCCUGGCAUGCUGUUAGUUAUAUCCUGCUUUGUUUUUGUUUUUUUAUAACAACAUAAAUCUGAAUUUACUUUAUUGCAGUUCCCUUUGUAUUGGUACAGCUUUCCUGCCAUAAUGAAGGGCUGGAUAGAUCGAGUAUUUGUACAGGGCUUUGCCUUUGAUUUUCCAGGUUGUUAUGAUACAGGAUUACUGAAGGUAUUUAUGCAUACAUUAUACAUUGAAAUUUUUUUUUAUAAAUACUAUAAAUUAAGAAAAUAAAAAGCAUUAUUCCCACAAUUUCAUUCUGUCUGAAGACACUGCAAUGUCAGUGUAUAACAGAUUUCUUUUAUAAAUGUGAAAGGAUAACCUUUUUGCAUCUGUCUGCAAACCAUAACCACUACAGCCCAGUUAUGUACCAUAUCAUACCAUUUUUAAAUGGUUGAACUAAAACAAGGGUUCCUUUAGGUACCCAGAGAUUACUCGUUCAUUUGUUGUACUAAAGGGUUAAUACAACUACCAUCGCCCCUCCUGCUUUUAGAACUAGUGUGGUGGUAGGAAUGUGUAUCGCAGAAUAUCUGCUUGAAAAGCUGCACAUACUGAGAUAAAUGCACUUGUGUGCCGGGGGCUAGUAAUACCUCCAGCACACAUGACUCUGAAACUCUAAAAUAAGUCCAUCCUCAGUGCAAAUUGUACAUUGCCAAUGGACAUAAUUAGAUUAUCCAUUGCGGGCAGAGACAGCAUUUGUCUCCCCUCCCUUCUUCCUAUACAGAAGCUUUCCCGCCUGCUAUACCCUCAGUUAUUCUUCAUUUUACUAACAAACUUGCCUUGUGAACCAGUUAAAAGAUAAAUUAAAAGGCUUCUCUAUGAGAAACCUUUGAUUGGAACCUGGGAUGGCUGCCAUCCGAAAGGGAGUGGAAAGUCAGGCUGGUAGGUUCAUCCAGCACUGGAUUUCAGGUAAGUUAUUGAAUUAUUUUAUUAGUUAUUUUAUUGUUUUUUGGGGGGGGGAGGGGUGAAACCUAAUAAAUAGUAAUGCCCUUCAAUAAAUUAUGAAUUAAAUUAAUAAAGUGGCAAAAAUGAUUGGAGUAAACCUAUAGUAAUGUAGAAUUACACUUCCUCAUUAGCAAUAUCAGUUUUGUCCAUACUUGGAUAGCAGUGAUAAGCUGAUAGAUACAGGAAAUCCUAGAGAUUGAAAUAUGAGGAAGUAAUGAGUAAAGGAAUGCAUCCUGGGUAGAAAGAACAGUGUAGGUGUGUAAGCACGUGUAUGCUUUAUAUGAAGGGUCAGAAAUGUCAGACAUUUUUUGGAGACUAAUUAAUUAUGUUAUAAUGUUAGAAAUGACUGAAAACUGGAGCUGUUCUUAAUGUCUUCAAUUAUGGACUGAAUGUGGUGGGAAAAUGAAAAAAAGAGAGAAAUUGCCAAGAGAGUGAACCAAGACACAUGUAUCAGGCACUGUAGAUGGAAUUUGUAAGUGCUGUGAAAUUUGUUGGCGCUUUAUAAAUACUAAUAAUAAUAAUAAAGAAACACUAUUGGGUCAAGAACACAAACAUAUUCAUGAUCCUAUACUGUUAAAACCACCAUUUAGGUGGCUUGCCCUCCCCCAAGCCCCACAAAGAAGGCUCAUAAAACCUACUUUAUUUCCAGCGCCGCGGGUGUUUGCUGCUGCUGGCCCUGCCUCCGAUCUGCCUCUUUGCUGACAUCAUCAUAAUUUAUGAUUUCAGCCAAUCCAAUACUUUCCCAUAGUUCUGAAAUCCCAUAUGGCUGAAACUGGCAUAGGCGUGCGCAGCCUAUUGCAUAAGGGUGUGCACCCUAAAGCACAAACACACACGCCGCGUAUAUAUGUAUAUAUAUAUAUAUAUAUAUAUAUAUAAAUAAAAGAAACCAAGAGGGCUGCACUCACUUGAACCAUUUAGUUAAUAGCCCCCGUCCCUUCUUACCUUUUGUAGGGAGGGGGGACCGUGCUGCCGCCAUCCCUAGUGGUCCAGUGGUGAGUGAACUCUAGCCUGCGAGGCUAGAGUUCACUCUCGCGACAUCUGAGCGUUGCCACGGCAACGCUCCGACCUCGCAAGAGGAACCCGGCACAGCUGCUGGUAAGAGCUCCCCGGGUCCUCUGAUUCCUCCCUCCGGCUUAUGGCACAUAGUGCGGGCCGCGGGGAUUAGGGUGUGCCCAGGCACACCCCAUGCGCACGCCUAUGGAAACUGGCAAAGAGGUGGGAUGGGACGGGCCAAACUCUGGCUUGGCCAAUCAGCCCCUCCUCAUAGAGAUGCAUUAAUUCAAUGCAUCUCUCUAAGGAAAAUUCAGCAUCACCACACUCUGCAUCUGAGGAGUUGCCACUGGAGGUGUUCCUAGAGUGCAAUGUUAGCACUACCUUUUCUCUGAAAAGACAGUGUUUACAUAAACAUGCCUGCAGGGAAUGAUUAUACCCACCAGAACAACCACAUUAAGCUGUAGUUGUUCUUGUGACUAUAGUGUCCAUUUAAAGGGACACUAUAGUCACCAGAACAACUACAGCCUAUUGAAUUUGUUCUGGUGAGUAGAAUCAUUACCUUCAGGCUUUUUGCUGUAAACACUGUCUUUUCAGAGAAAAUGCAGUGUUUACAUUACAGCCUAGUGAUAACUUCACUGGCCACUCCUCAGAUGGCUGUUAGAGAUCCUUCCUGGGUCAUGGCUGCCUAAAAUGCAUCCAAACAUUCAGUGUCUCCUCCCUCUGCAUGCAGACACUGAACUUUCCUCAUAGAGAUUCAUUGGUUCAAUUCAUCUCUAUGAGGAGAUGCUGAUUGGCCAGGCUGUGUUUGAAUUGUGCUGGCUUUGCCCCUGAUCUGCCUCUUUGUCAGUCUCAGCCAAUCCUAUGGGGCAGCAUUGUGAUUGGAUCAGGCUACCACUUCUGAUGAUGUCAGCAGGCAGUGGGCAGGUCUAAAGGAAAGAGUGACAAAGUAAGCAGCUCCAGACUUGAAUACAAGUAGGAUUUACUAUAUUUAGGGAGGCAUGAGGGGACCAGGGGGGCUAGAUGGUGGUUUUAACCCUAUAGGGUCAGGAAUACAUGUUUAUGUUCCUGACCCUAUAGUGCACCUUUAAAGAAUAUAGAUUAAUAGCAUUUCAGAUUUUAACAUUUUAAGAAUUAAGUUGCUGGGUGCUGUGUGUUUGUGUAAAACUCCUUAAUGAUUCUUGUAACAUAGUUUCAUACUUCCAUAUUUGUUUUUUUGCUCUUUUUCUAAUAGAAAUUAAAUAUAUAUCUAAGUUCUAAAGCUAGUUUUCAGUAAAAUACAUUAAGUUUAUUCUAAAAGCUUGUUAUUCAAUAAUUUAAAAUCAGUAUUCAGUUAUUGUUAAUUCCAUUAUUUUGACAUUCAGGAUAAACUAGCUCUACUCUCAUUCACUACUGGUGGAACAGAGGAGAUGUUUUCUAAGGAUGGGAUGCGCGGUGAUAUCCGGUAUUUGCUUUGGCCCAUGCAGGUAAUAGCUUCAUUGCUGUAUACAUAAAUCACUAUGUGCUCAUGUUCAUAUGAUACAGUAUUUGAUAUUGAUUACACCUAGAUGUUAAAACAUUUGUAAAGUGUGUCAAAAACAUUUAACAAGUGUACUUUGAUUUAGAAAAGUGGAGACAGUUUGCUUGUAAAACUGCAGUCGUAAUAACAUUUCAUUUUAUUAAGAUGAGCUACAUGAAAAGAGGCAGUGUAGCCCUUCAAGUUCAAGCAAUCAUAUAUCACAUGCCAUUAUGGAAUUGUACUAUUGGCAAAAUGUAUACUAGCUAGCAAUAUGUAGUACUAUUUUUAGAAUUUAAGCAUAUAAAUAUAUAUAUACUAUUUUAGGAACAAAAAGGGUAACUUCAAGCAUCAUUACCAGUACACCCAUUACAGCGCUGGAUUAACAUAGGGGCUGAUGGAGCUGCAGCUCCAGGCACAUUCCUAUGGAAUAGGCCCAUUGCUUAAAUAAAAAAAGGGGGGUUUUUUUGUUUGUUUUUUUACUUCUCUUCACAUGUAGAUGUAGGGAAACAAAACUUGUGUGGACUGGCUGACAAUGAAAUUAGUUAAGGUAAAGUUGACUUUGCGCUCUAUGCAAAUGCUCUUGCUGCUUCUGUCUAUUAAGAAAGUUAGGAAAGGAGGGGACAGGUGAAUGCUAGGGGACAGUCCUUUGAAAGCAUAGACCUAGCGCAUAAUUAGACACAUUUAUGCCAAGCUCAGGGUGCUCUCUGCACAGUAUGCCCCUAGUUGGUCAUCCUGCAUGAUUGGCAGGCAGCCUGACAUGCAUUCCUACCAAGCUGACCUAAUUCCUCGGGCAGAUUUUUUGGGACAUGUUUGCCCUUAUGUGAUUCUGGUUACGUGAUUCACGUUAGUGGCCCACCCUUAUACCCCGCCCACCGAAAUCCUGCUUCAAAAGACACUGCUAUUAGGGGGUUUGAAUUUACUUGAACGAUGAAAUCGAGAAAUUAGCAUAGGACAUGUGUUUUCUGAUAGCUAUAUCCUGCUUUUUUUUCCCCUCCAGCACCACCUCCACCAGAUACAUGACAAUUGGGAGGUAUUUUAGUGUUUUCUGUCGAUACGAUUCUAUAAUUAGGCCCAUCAUAAUUGUCAGCACCAGGCCCAAUGGGCUUUUAAUCUAGUCCUGCCACUGUAGUGGUAAUGAUACCAAAAGUACUGAGUACUUGGGUGCCAUUUCCCAGUAAGUGCACAAAGUGUUCUGCAACAAUUUGCUUCUUAUUUGGGUCCUGCUGUGCGCCAAGUCUCCUUCAAUACCGGCUGAUUUUCACUAAGCAUCUGUAAACCCGCAGCAGCCAGAUUCUAAAACCACUGAGUAUUCAUUGGCUGAGAGCGUCAACUAAACACUGUCGGCCAAUCAAUGAAUCUGUAUGCAUGGGACGGGCAUAGAAUUGACAUUAGCCAGCCUGGAACAUUCAUCCGGUGCUGGCUAAUGACACCACUGGAGGUGGAGUUGCACUUCUGGCAGGAAUUAGAUAUCUAAGUAUGAACACUGCACAUCCUGGGUUGUUGCACCAUGGCCACUUCAAAAUGCUGAAAUGGUCAUGUUGGAGUAACCCUUUAAGUUAGAGCAGGUUCUUACAUUUUUCUUUGUACUCAUUCUGAAAGAUACAGUCAUAUGGUGUCUAUAAAGUAAAGUGUUUUUUGUUUUUUUACAAAAGAUAUACAAUUGUAGCAUUCAAAUAUAUAGAUAUAUAGGUGCGUUGUCAUAAAAUAGUACUUUAUCAAAUUUCAAUCAUUCAUACGUGCUUUCAUACAAAAUAAAGGAGAUAAAAGAAGUAAAGUGUUUUUUGCAAAGUGCACUUACCAGAAUUUUGACUAAUUUGUCACUUUCAAAAAAAAUAUUCUUAUUCAGAGGUUUUUGUUUUUAUUUGAAUUUAGUUAGACUGUACUUUUUUGAACUAUUACACUUUUAAGGUGCUGCUUUCUUAUAAAAUAUAAAAAACUGUCCUUUUAAAUGUUAUAGGAUAUUGUUCAUCACCUUAUUUACUUGUUUUUUGAUUUUUUUUGUUUCUCAGCAUGGCAUAAUGCAUUUCUGUGGUUUCAAAGUCCUUGCCCCACAAAUUACUUAUGCACCAGAAUAUGUUGGAGAUGAAAAAAGGAAAAACAUGCUGCUCUUAUGGGCAAGGAGGCUGGAGGCCAUCUGGGAUGAGCGGCCUAUAGAGUGCACUCCACCAUGGUACUUCCAGUAGAGAACCUGGAUGAACCACUGCACAUCAUAGCUAUUUGAUGACACAAGCUCAGAUUGCUCUAUGAAAAGUUGCACCACAAUUUCUCUAUUGUGUGCAGUGUGUUAUAACUUGUAUCAAUAAAAUUGGUUAUUGAUCCUGCGG